GAAGAAAGAGUGAGGGAAAAGGAGAAAAAAAGGAGAAAAAGCACACAACAGAAAAGGGGAGGACAUUGGUGCAAUUGCGUGAAUAUUGGUUGAAUUACAUUGAAGAAAAUAGUUGCAGAGAGGAAGAAACCAAGAUGAUAACGCCCUACUUCUUACAGAAUUUCUGGGGUGAAAAAAACAAUGGAUUUGAUGUUCUCUACCACAACAUGAAGCAUGGUCAAAUCUCCUCCAAGGAACUUACGGAGUUCAUCAGAGAAAGGGCUACCAUAGAAGAGGUCUAUGCCAGGUCAAUGACCAAACUUGCCAAGUCAGCUGGUAACUUCUCUCAGCUCGGGACGUUUGCCCCGGUGUGGGAUGUGUUUAAGACAUCCACAGAGAAGCUGGCCAGCUGCCACCUGGAGCUGGUGAGGAAGCUACAGGAGCUUAUCAAAGACGUGCAGAAGUACGUGGAUGACCAGGCCAAGGCCCAUAAAAAGACCAAGGAGGAGGUGGCGUCCACGCUGGAAUCAGUCCAGACCAUACAGACCACCGGAGUAGCCUUACAGAAGUCCAAGGAGAACUACAACGCCAAAACUGUGGAGCAGGAGAGACUCCGCAAGGAGGGAGCAACACAGAGAGAUGUGGACAAGGCUGGAGUGAAGGCCAAGAAAGCCACGGAAACCUACAAGGGCUUUGUGGAAAAAUAUGCCACAGCCAAGUCCGAGUUUGAACAGAAGAUGGCUGAAACUGCACAGAAGUUUCAGGACAUCGAGGAGAGCCACAUCGUCCACAUGAAGGAUAUAAUUCAGUCAUACACGCAGUCUGUUGACGAGACACACGUUCAGAUCGGAGAGGUCCGUAUAGAGUUUGAGAGGAACAUGGAGAACACCUCUGUGGAGGGCUUGAUACAGAAACUGUCUGACAGUAAAGGAACGGGCAAAGAGAGACCAGGUCCUAUUGAGUUUGAAGAAUGCAACACUGCCAUCGCCACUGAAGGAGCCAAACCCAGAAAGAGGAAAACAUUUGCGAUCCGCCGGAAAGACAACAAGGACACAGACUCGACGGAGUCGACAGAAGUUGAACCUGCUAACAAUACCAAUGGAGUUCCUCCUGGAAACGAUGGCACCAUAUACUUCCAAAACGCUAAUGUCCCCACGGUUGAUGAAGAUGGCUUCUGCAUCAGACCGGAAGACCGCAACCAAAAUGAUGCCAAAGAGAACUCGUUCUAUUCGUCGAGUGACUCGGAGGACGAGGAUGAACCCAGGAAGUUCCGUGUGGAAAUCAAGCCGGUGGCGCCCAACAACAUGACUCAACAAAGCCGAGCCACCAUCGACCAACUCAAGGCCUCCAUUGGAAACAUCAGCCUAUCGCCACCAACCUCGGGUCAGAUGCGAAGGAACCAAUCCAGGCUGUCAGGAAUGCAUUCCCACUCAGCGAUAGGCUCUCAGGUGCUAGGUGAUGAGUUGGGAAAGGCCAGGAUGUCAACAUAUUUCAAUGACAGUAGACCUGCUCUCAAUAAUGACCUUCUCUCACUGGAUCCGUUCGGCCCCGCCCCCACCCUAAGAGGCUCCUCCUCCUCAGUGUCCUCAUCAACAGUGCCUGCCCUGGCCAGACCCACUACCCCUCAAACUGGGGCCAUGGUGGCUCCUCCACGACCCUCUUCCAGACCCAAACUACCCACAGGAAAACUCACAGGAAUCGAUGAAAUUGUGCGGCCGUUCAGCCCGACCAAGACGUUGUCCAACGCCAGUCCUCCUCCGGCUGCUCCCCUGGCCCGGGCAGAGAGCUCCUCCUCCCUGUCCUCCACCGCCUCUCUCAGUGCCUCCAACACACCCACAGUGGAGGAUGAUGGUUUCAUCGGGAAGCUGCCUACCUUUGAGAAGUGCUGUGAAACGCCUGCAGGGACGUCUCGCGGUCCCAGCCCAGUGACCCUGGCGUCCCAGGAUGCCUUGCCCAUUGCUGUGGCCUUCACAGAGUCUGUUAAUGCCUACUUCAAAGGAGCUGAUCCCGCUAAGUGCAUAGUGAAGAUCACAGGUGACAUGACCCUGUCCUUCCCCAUGGGUAUUAUCAAGGUGUUCACCAGUAACCCCUCCCCUGCUAUGCUCACCUUCAAACUGAAGAACACCUCCAAUCUGGAGCAGAUCCUCCCCAACCAGACACUACUGUUCAGUGAUCCCUCGCAAAGUGAUGCUCAUACCAAGGACUUUUGGUUCAACAUGCAAGCUCUCACAUCGUACCUCAGGAAAGCCUCAGAGCAGAACCCUGCUGCAUCCUACUACAACGUUGACAUCCUCAAAUACCAGGUGUCCUCUAAAGGAAUCGCAUCGACCCCUCUGAACCUGGCAGUGUACUGGAAGUGUGACCCCGCCACCACUGACCUGAGGCUGGACUACCACUACAACCCAGAGUCCAUGCUCUGUCCCGGCCCGCUCUCCAACGUACAGGUCCUAGUGCAUGUAGAUGGAGGGGUCACCAACAUGCAGUCCCUGCCUAAUGCUAUCUGGAACUCAGAGCUGAACAAGUCUCUCUGGAAGCUGAACGACAUCUCUGAGAAGUCUGAUAAUGAAGGCUCGGGGUCUCUGAGGGCUAAGUUUGAGCUCUCCGAUGGCCCGUCCACCCCAACCACCCUGGCUGUGCAGUUUAUGAGUGAGGGGAGCACGCUGUCUGGGGUGGACAUAGAGCUGUUGGGAACCGGGUACAGACUGUCCCUCAACAAGAAGAGGUUUGCCACAGGUCGUUACAUGGCAGACUGUUAAGUAUGCAUAACGUCCUGGACCCCCAAGCACAACGACUUUAUUGAACAUUUAUUUUCAAUAUUUGAGUCCUUUUUGUCCUAUUUAUUAAAGGGGAGGUGAAGACUGGAGAGGUGCAGGAAAUACACCAGGUUUUUUGUGACUCAUCCAAACACUGCAUUAUGUCCCAUUGUACCUUGUCUGUCUCGAGCAGAGAUCUCCUCAGUACAGUAAAGCAGCGCUGAUUAUUCAACACUGUUUAAAAAGAAGAAGAAUACAUGAAAUAAAACAUUAUGUUGAGCUGUCAGGAAAUGGAAAUGUAUAGAUGUUGAGAAGUGUAAUGCUUUCUGAUCAAUUCAGACUUUUAUAAAGUCAGGACCGUAGUGUUUCGUUAUGUAACAAUGUAUGGAAUAUAUAUAAAUACAUAUUAUAUACAAAAAAAAUGGAAAAAUGAAUACAAUCUGCACUAACAAUCUAAAAAUAUAUUUGUUCUCCUUUGUAAAUUGUGCAUGUAUUCCACUGAAGCUCUUGUAGUAACAGAUUCUGGGUAAAACAGUGAGAAAAGAGAAGAAAGAGAGGAAAUGCCACACUCCUCCCUCAUCCCGCUCUCAUUCUCUUCUCAAUUGCAAGUACGAUCACCAAGUAUUUUACUUUGUGAGACUCAAGUCAUGUUUUUUUCUGAUUGACCUUUAUUUCCUGGGUUAUUUUCAUUCUGAUCAUGUGCAAUGAAGAAAUUAAGGUAUAAGCUGUAUUGUUUUUUUAACUAAACAGAUUCUCUAAAAUGUUAUCAUGGCACAACAUUAAUCGGUUGUCCUGUCGCUUCUGACAACUGGUAAUAACACAAGGUCAGCUCUCUUUCAAAAGCAAAAAAAAAAAAAACUUAACUGACCUCAGUGCCUCUUUCUUUCUGUGGAAAAAUUCAUUGAAAAAGUAUCUACUUUUCUCUAUGCCCUUUUGUAUGUUCAAACGGCACCGCUAACAAAAAGAAAAGGCACCAACCUUGUGCAAGUUGUUGUUUUAUAAUCUUGUUUUUGGAUGUUGAAGGGAAAAUGCGUCCAGUUUCUACACCAGUCAAUCCAAAAGGCAUCUGUCUUCCAGAAACUGCUGAUCCAGUGGACUCAGUCUCAGUUCUGUGUCUUUGCUAUGAUGUUGUCUUUUCUACUGGGGUAUUUUUUCUAUAUUUGAUCCGACAGUGAUCUUUGUUCCCAAACCGCAUUUGGUCUAUUUGAGAGCACUGGACAGCCUGCUAGCUGAGCAUCUUUAUCACAAUCUAGCCAAAUCAAUUCUAGAAAUGCCUUAAAAUAUACCUUGUCAUCUUUUGAUAAUGGUAAUAAGAUGCUAUCCAGUUGUGAUAGGCUACAUUUCUGCCAUGUUUGCCUGUGAGGAGAGAGACAGACAACAGUUCUUGGUGCUGACUCGAUUUCAUACAGAGUGGUUCAUUCUUGCCUUAUAUACCAAUGGAGGACCUGUAUCUAGAAGGGCUACAUAUCCUAGAUGGAGAGAUGCAUACACCUUAUGUAGCAGUUCUAUCAAUAUCACUGACGUGUGUUUUUGACAAACUUUUCCAAUGCCUUCUCCCCAAAACCACAGUUGUGAUAGUAUAGAUAAUGAUCACAGUACUGUAUUUUCAUUACAAACAUUGAUAUGGGCACACCAGUAACACUGAUUGUGGACUGUUAGUGUUCUAUCAUGUAUGUGGCCAUCUGAACACUGUAUGCGUGUAAACUUCUGGCCCAUAUCCACAAAGCGUCUCCGAGUAAUAGUGCUGAUCUAGGAUCUGGCCAUAUAAUACGAUCAAUUAUGAACUAAAAGAUAACUGAUCCUAUAUCUGCACUCUUACACUGAGACGCUUUGUGGAUAACGGACCCUGGUAUUUGGUACAGUUGAUACUGUUAACGUUCUCACUGCUUCUGAAAUGGCACCCUAUGCCCUACAAUAUAUAGCGCAUUACUUUUGAUCAGUAGUAGUGCACUAUCGAAUAGGAUGCCUUUUCAGAGGCACUAUUUGUAGAUAUGGUUAAUCGCAUCGCUUACUAGUAAACGUGAUCUGAAGAAACCUCAAUAUAACUUUUCAGCACAACAAAACACCUAGGUCAUGUGGCCAGUCUUCUAGAACUAUGAGAGAACACCUAGGUCAUGUGGCCAGUCUUCUAGAACUAUGAGAGAACACCUAGGUCAUGUGGCCAGUCUUCUAGAACUAUGAGAGAACACCUAGGUCAUGUGGCCAGUCUUCUAGAACUAUGAGAGAACACCUAGGUCAUGUGGCCAGUCUUCUAGAACUAUGAGAGAACACCUAGUCCAUGUGGCCAGUCUUCUAGAACUAUGAGAGAACACCUAGUUCAUGUGGCCAGUCUUCUAGAACUAUGAGAGAACACCUAGGUCAUGUGGCCAAUCUUCUAGAACUAUGAGAGAACACCUAGGUCAUGUGGCCAGUCUUCUAGAACUAUGAGAGAACACCUAGUCCAUGUGGCCAGUCUUCUAGAACUAUGAGAGAACACCUAGGUCAUGUGGCCAGUCUUCUAGAACUAUGAGAGAACACCUAGUCCAUGUGGCCAGUCUUCUAGAACUAUGAGAGAACACCUAGUCCAUGUGGCCAGUCUUCUAGAACUAUGAGAGAACACCUAGUCCAUGUGGCCAGUCUUCUAGAACUAUGAGAGAACACCUAGUCCAUGUGGCCAGUCUUCUAGAACUAUGAGAGAACACCUAGUCCAUGUGGCCAGUCUUCUAGAACUAUGAGAGAUGUGAUUAUUGUUUAACAAUGUUGAUCGAGAUGUAUUUGUGAAGUCAAUGUCUAAAAUAGGAUUUGUUUUGUAUACAGUACAAUAAGUCAGAAUUAUGUCUUGUAAGGCAUGGAUUAAUCAUCACGGUUUGAAUUAUUGGUCCUUUAAGGAUGAUAUUUGUUUAAGAUACAGUUUAAGACUCCACCUUCAGAAGAAUUGUAGAGGCAAAGACUUUAUUUGAAUGAGGGGUAAAAUUAUACACAAAUAAUAUUUUCCAGAACACUUUAUAUAUGGCCCAACCAAAUAAUGUGUGACUAUCCGAAUGGAGUUGGAGUUUACUAAACUAAAGCGUUAUCAUGGAAAACCAACGUAGCAUGUAAGGAACGUUUAAAGAGGGGAACAGCGUAUCAAAAUCAGAUAUUUUAUUUUUAUGGAGUUCUCCUUAAAAUAUCAUAUCAACAGCGCCGGCUACUCUCGAUCCACCCACUAAGAUUAGAGAAACCUCCAGUCAGAAACUGAAUAUAUAUGCAAAGUAUAUUUAGCGAGCUGGUUCUUGCGGUCUCUCCAUAGCAUCCAGUGAUUUUUUUUUAUUUUUCUUGGAGCUUGUCAUUAUGAUUUUUGUUUGUUUAUAUGUCUGUCAAAAGGAGAGUUUAGUUUAAUUUCUCAUAAAAUGUCAAUUUUUACCAAUAUCUCAGCCACUUUUUUUUCUGUUCACUUUAUGAUCGAUCUCAAUGUGCCUGUAUUAAAUGUAUAAUAUAUGAUUAUAUACCUAUAUAUAAAAAUGACUACUU